AUGGAAGAGGAUUUCGAUUUUUCAACUGCAGGCGACAUGGAAACUCCGGAGGAAGAAGAGAUGGUGAGUCCGAUCCACAAGGUCGGUGAAGAGAAGGAAAUUGGGAAGAAUGGUCUGAAGAAGAAGCUUGUAAAGGAAGGUGAAGGAUGGGAAACUCCUGGUAAUGGAGAUCAAGUUGAAGUGCAUUAUACUGGAACGUUGCUUGAUGGAACCAAAUUUGAUUCUAGCCGUGAUAGGGGUACUACUUUCAAGUUUAAGCUUGGUCAAGGCGAAGUGAUCAAGGGAUGGGAUGAAGGUAUUAAAACCAUGAAGAAGGGUGAAAAUGCCAUAUUCACAAUACCUUCAGAAUUGGCUUAUGGUGAGUCUGGAUCUCCUCCUACUAUUCCCUCGAAUGCGACUCUUCGGUUUGAUGUGGAGCUACUGUCUUGGACAAGUGUUAAGGAUAUUUCCAAGGAUGGAGGAAUAUUGAAGAACAUAAUAACUGAAGGGGAGAAAUGGGAAAAUCCUAAGGAUCUUGAUGAAGUAUUUGUUAAGUAUGAAGCUCGUCUUGAAGAUGGGACAAUUAUUUCAAAAUCGGAUGGAGUGGAGUUCACGGUUCAAGAGGGUUAUUUCUGUCCUGCUUUGGCCAAGGCUGUGAAAACAAUGAAGAAGGGAGAGAAAGUUCUCUUGAAUGUUAAGCCACAAUAUGCGUUUGGUGAGAGUGGAAAACCAUCGUUAGGAGAUGAUGGCGCUGUACCUCCAAAUGCUUCGCUUCAAAUAGAUCUAGAGUUAGUCUCGUGGAAGACUGUAUCUGACAUUUCUAAGGAUGGGAAGGUCCUUAAGAAGAUCUUGAAGGAAGGAGAGGGAUAUGAACGACCAAAUGAUGGAGCCGUGGUUCAAGUGAAACUUAUCGGCAAGCUAGAAGAUGGAACUGUCUUUCUUAAGAAGGGUCAUGAUGAUGAUCAGCCAUUUGAGUUCAAAAUUGAUGAAGAGCAAGUAAUUGAUGGACUUGAUAGAGCUGUGAAGAAUAUGAAGCAAGGGGAAAUUGCAUUGGUGGUCAUACAGCCCGAGUAUGCUUUUGGUUCAUCUGCCUCCCCUCAGGAACUGGCUACUGUUCCUCCUAAUUCCACCGUUUACUAUGCAGUUGAGCUGGUUUCCUUUGUAAAGGAAAAGGAAUCAUGGGAUAUGAAUACUCAAGAGAAGAUUGAGGCAGCUGGAAAGAAAAAGGAAGAAGGCAAUGCGUUGUUCAAAGCUGGUAAACAUGAAAGAGCAUCGAAGAGAUAUGAAAAGGCCAUAAAAUAUAUUGAGUAUGAUUCCGCCUUUAGUGACGAGGAGAAACAGAAGGCCAAAUUAUUGAAAAUUACAUGCAAUCUUAAUGAUGCAGCCUGUAAGCUGAAACUCAAGGACUACAAACAGACAGAGAAGUUGUGCACAAAGGUGUUAGAGCUUGAUAGCAGGAAUGUAAAAGCACUAUACCGUAGGGCACAAGCAUAUAUUCAUCUGGUUGACUUGGAUUUGGCUGAAAUGGAUAUCAAGAAAGCUCUUGAAAUUGAUCCAAAUAACAGGGAUGUGAAGAUUGAGUACAAAAUAUUGAAGGAUAAAGUGAGAGAGUACAACAAGAAGGAUGCACAGUUUUAUGGAAAUAUAUUUGCGAAAAUGAAUAAAGUAGAACAAGCAAGAACUGCAGAAGCAAAGCAGGAACCUGUUGCCAUGGCUGUGGAUAGUAAAGCUUAA